UUUUAUGAUAAAGCCCACUGCAGCCCACAAGUAACUUACAACUGUCUCUUAUCUACGCGAAAAUGAGCGAAACAAAAGCUCUACUUACUGCAUUGCUAUGCGACAUUUACGGCAAACAGCAGCAGCAACUGAGGCAAAUGCGCCGCUGCCAACAACAGACAGUCAAUGGAAAGCAACUGCAGCCGCGUAGAAAAAAGCAACGCAAGAAAACAAAGCUGAACAAUAUGGCAAAAAGCUUGGCGGGCAAUCGUCCAGCACUCAAGACCUUGGAUGAGCAGCAGCUAAUGGAUGUGAGCGCCAUAAUGAGAGUACAAAUUAUAAUGAUGAGCAAAAUGUUGGAAAAGGUAUUGAUAAGCAGAGAUCGACUGCGGCGACAGCAGGAGGUACUUUGUGAAUUUGUCACAGCCAUACUUGUGGUAGAGACGAACGAUGCACAGCCUAAAAUGCGCUUUAGUCUCACACCACCGCCACCGAAAGCCAGCCUAGCCAGCAGCAAUACUAGCACCACCCACACCCACACUAACAACAGCAACAACAACAAUAACCACAGCUUGAGCAAAAGCCUUGGCCGCAAUCGCAACAACAACAAUAUGCUGGGCAACAGCAGCAAUUCGGCUGUUGCACCCACCAGUCCAAGCAAUGCUGCUGCUGAUGAAGAGGCUGCCUCGGACUACAAUCAGUGGUUGCAUGCUAUGAAAUUGGUGGCACGCUUGCCAGGGGGCACACCGCCCGAAUUUCGACGCAAGCUCUGGCUUUCUCUGGCUGACAAGUAUCUCAAGUCCAAGCAUAUCGACUGGACGGUGCAGCGCGAGAAAUGUUUCAGCGAGCAAUGGCGUGAGGAUGAUGAGGAGCUGGGCAUACAAAUAGUCAAGGAUCUGCAUCGCACUGGCUCCAACUUGUGCACAGGUCCAGCGGGCUCUAUUAAUCAGGCCAAGCUCAAACGCAUAUUGCUGGGCUAUGCACGCUACAAUCCCGAGGUGGGCUAUUGUCAGGGCUUCAACAUGCUGGGCGCCUUAAUAUUGCAGGUCAUGGAUAAGGAGGAGGAGGAGUCCAUGAAGGUUAUGAUCUAUUUGGUGGAAGGAGUGUUGCCCACAGGCUACUUCUAUGGCUCGAUGGGCGGUCUGCAGGCCGAUAUGGGCGUGUUUCGUGAGCUUAUGCAAACGAAACUGCCGCGUUUGGCAAAACAUCUGCAGCGACUGCAAGGACCCAUGGAGAAUGCCUAUGAGCCGCCGCUAACCAAUGUGUUCACCAUGCAAUGGUUCCUCACCAUGUUCUGCACCUGCCUGCCCAUGUCCUGUGUGCUGCGUGUCUGGGAUUUGGUGCUAAUCGAGGGCAGCGAUGUUCUCUUGCGCACUGCGCUGGUUCUCUGGAGCCUGCUAGAAGAACGUGUGCUAAAUGCACCCAGCGCCGAUGAGUUCUACGGCAAGAUGGGUUCCUUUUCCAACGAGCUGCUCAACGGGCACUUGAUUGACUCCAAUGGUCUGAUCGAAAGGGUGGUGCAGCUAGGACCCAUAGCGGACAUAAAGCAGCUGCGGGACAAGCAUCUCUACAACAUUGCGCCCUUGCGACAUAAACAGGGCUUGCAAUUGUACUUUGAUGAUGAGGAUACGCAUUCAGAUGACGAGUCCCGCUUGGCAGUGGCGACAGUUUGGGGCUUAAACUGGGGCAGACGUGGCUCGAUAGGCUUGGGUGCGGUAGCUGCUACAACAGGCAAACCGCAAGCAGAGCAGAAAGAUCGAUUGGCUUUGGAUAUAUCACUGCUCAAGAAGCAGUACGAUCGACUGCGGGAACGUCAAAAGCAGGCGCAUGUUAUCCUCACGACCGCCUGCUCUACGGCCACAGCGACUGCAGCACGUCAAGCGUCCUCCAGCAAUGCAGUGUCUGUGAAUCAACUGCUCCUGGGCCGUCCAGCCAUAAUAACCAACAAAGGCAAGCGUGUCACUGCCCCCAUGGGCGCCAUACCGCCUGCACGGAAACCUUCGCUGCCGACAGUGUUGCAUAGCAAGCCUUCGAAUGCGGCGGAGCGGCAGCUUCGACGCGGUGAAACGCUGCACUGGCGUGACAUGGAUGUGGGACGACAACGACGCGAUAGUCUGAGCUGGAAGGAGAUUAAGGCGGACCGCGCAUCCGUCUUGCGUGAAGGCAUUGAGGUCAAGUCGCAGAAGCUGCGAACGCGUUUGGGCAAAAGCGACAGCUCCUCGUACAGUGAGGAUAGCGAUGGUGAUGAGCAGCAGGCAGACGCUAAGGGCAAUGGCGGCUCUAGCUCAGACACGAGUCUAUGUGAUGAUGAUGAUCCCAAGUCGUUGGAGCCGAGUCCCAAGCGCAAAGCCAAGCUGGCGCGAAAGCUCAAAGAACAGCCGCGUGAGUCGAGCGUAGAGCGCAGAAGACCCAAAUCAUGGGCGCCGGGCACACAUGAAAUACCCUUUAUGCUCAUGGGCACGGACAGCGGCGAUGAAAAGGAGCCAACGAGCGAAAAGGCCGAAGAUAGCGCCACCGAAUGUGAUCGCUUUGCUCUUGAUUGGAACAAGCCUGAUAGUUUGCUCAAGCCGCUGCAUGUCGACACCAGUGUACGUGUACCAGGCAUUACCAGCACCAGUCAGCUAUCCCCCUUGCCGGACAUAGCCAAAUAUCUGAGCACCACAACCAUUAGUCCAUUGCCCACACCACAGCCUGUCUAUGUGGUCAGUGUCUUGGAGGCCAUCAAUCCGCUGGGCAGUGGAGAUAGCGUGCCGGCUAACGUUGGCGAUUCUGGCGUUACCAAUCAGUAUUUUGAGCGCGUCAACAGCGUGGAGCGUCCAACUAGACUCGAGCUGAGCUACUCCUUAAGCGAAGAGCAGACAGACCUGGAGACGCUGCCUAAAGUUGAAGCUGAAGCUGUUGUCGAGUUGCCGCAGCCUCGAGAUGAUUACAUACCUGGUGAAAAUAAGGAUGACUACAAGGAGCUGCUGAACAUGACGAUAGAUCCCAAGCCUUUGGUAUCUUCAAUAGAACCAAAAUUAAUCAAUGCCAGUCGCAAACGCCGCGACCCAAGACGUAAAACAUUGACACGAUCUUCAACCAUAGAAAUAGAGGAACGUUUUCAAGCCUUAGAAAGAAGACUAAGUCAGGAGCAAAGUGAUAAACUGGAACGCACAAAGUAUAUACCAAGUACUGCAACGCUCGAGGAGCGUUAUAAUACUUUAGAGAAACAGUUGAGUGCAGAAAAACAAAAAUUAAAUGAUGCCGAGUGUGCGGAGAAUGUGGAACGCAUACCCACGACAGCGGACUUGGAGUUGCGUUUUGAUGCAUUAGCCAAACAAGCGAGUUCUAGCAACAGCAAUGCCAAGACGCCUGUGGAGCUGAAGGCAGCAGUUUCAACACCGGGUUACAGCAGCACCAAAGAUGGUGCCGAUAAUGCUGCCACAAAGCAACUUCCGAAAGCCGACAAAACUCAAACUGACACUAAUGCACCUGCCAAUCUAAAUAAAGAAAAAGAUGCAGCCUCUAAAGAUGAACUCGAGGAGCGUUAUAAUACUUUAGAGAAACAGUUGAGCACAGAAAAACAAAAAUUAAAUGAUGCCGAGUGCUCAGAGAGUGUGAAACGCAUCCCCACGACAUCGAAUUUGGAGUUGCGUUUUGAUGGCUUAGCCAAACAGGCGAGUGCUGGCAACGGCAAUGCAAAGACUCCUAUGGAACUAAACGCAGCAACCACAACACCAAGUUCCAGCAGCACCAAUGAUGGAGCCGGUAAUGCUGCCGCAAAGCAACUUCCGAAAGCCGACAAAACUCAAACUGACUCUAAUGCACCUGCGAAUCUAAACGAAGAAAAAGAUGCAGCCUCUAAAGAGGAAAGCAAGGAUGCGACUCAGCCGCGACUUAAGAAACUGCCAUCAACUGCAGAGCUAGAAGAUCGUUUUAAUGCACUGGAACGCAAGAUGAGCAUACAAAAAAGUAGUCCAGCUAAAACCAAAAAGGAACCUCCUGACGAAGAGCAAAAAAAGAAGAAAGAUCUGCCGGAGCAAGUUGAGAAAAAAGAUAGAGAAUCAAUGGUAAAAUCAAAUCUUGAAUCGCCAGAGCCAAAAGAGAAAGAGGCAGCAACUAAGGUAGAAAAUAUCAAGGACGCUGACCAGGCGGAAAAAAGCGGUAAGAAUAGGAGUAACUCUGAAAAAGAAGAAGAAGAAGUUACAAAUAAAGUAGAAAAGAAAAGUGCGUCAGAAAAAAAAAUUGUAACUGAAGCAGAGGUGAAGGAAGAGAAUUCAACGAAAGAGAAAAACUCAGAAGCCAGCAAGCCAGGGUCUAAGCAAGAGCAAGUAGAGGCUUUAAAGUCUAAUGAGAAAUCUAAGCUUAAAGCAGCAGAAGAGCAGGAGAAGACAAAAAAGUCCAUUGAGGAAACAAAGCGCAAAGCUGAAAAAGAAGAACUUCAGAAAAAGCCUGCUGACAAUGCAAAGCUUAAAGAAGAAAAACCAACUGAAGCGAAGGAAGAUGAGUUGGAGAAAGUCAAGCGCAAAACACCACCUUCCACAGCAGAGUUAGAGAAACGUUUCGAUGCCCUAGAGAAACAGUUAAGCAGCAACAAAUUGGACAUGAAAAAAGAAACCACAAAGACAAAAGAAAACACAACUGAACCUGCUAAAGAAUCUAAUGUCGAAGAGCCCACAAAAAAAUCAAAAGAAGCAAUGAAAACAUUUGACGACAAAGUAAAAAGUCUAAGUGUAAGUUUAAAGAAUGAAGCCCAAGAGACAGGUCAAUCAGUCAAGAAAGAUUUGGAUGGUGAAAAGCCACAGCAAACUGUCGAGCAGCCGUCCAAGGAGUUAAACAAGCGACGUGCCUCUGAACCGCCUUCUAUGGAUGAUUUAGAUAAACGCUAUGAAACUUUUAAACGACGUAUGAGCAGUAAAAAUCAAUUUACUAGUCAAACUGAAACUGUCAACGAAGCCCUAGAGCGUAUCGAACAGGAGGUAAUGGCAGAGUUAACAGUUGACGCUGAGGAGCAAGAGCCGGAAACAUUGAUUAAAAAGCCACCACCCAGCACCGCUGAUCUGGAGAGUCGCUACGAAGCGCUUCAAGGUAAGCGUGACCAGCCCAAGCGUGUAGAUGUUGCCAUAGAAGCGCAUAUACCAGAGCCACCGCCUCCACCACCUGUACAAAAGCAGCAGCCCACAGCUCCACAGCAACGCGCAUUAAUUGAAGAGCUGCAAAGCAAAAUACAAGGACAAUCAGGCGAAGAAAACCUUAAGCCCAGCGAGAUUAAUCCACAACGCAAGCGUAUGCUGCAAAAGCAACAACAACAAGAAAUGUUACCGCCACGGCGACCCGCAACUAGAGGCGAUGAGACCUCGGAAGCACCUGCAAACACCGCUUACUACAGAACGGGAAAUUACGAACAGCAGCAGCAACAGCGCAUGGUUCGUCGUUUCUCGGAUCUGCCAUCGCGAGCCGAUCUGGAAAAUCGUUUACAAUACUUGGAAAAGAAAUUGUACAAGAAAUUCUACAAGCAGCGCUGUGCAAGUGAUUCCGAAGUUGCAUCAAGAGCGGUCAGCUAUGAAGAGAAACCCAGCACCUCACGUCAGGCCGAGACGCAGCUGGAGCAGCGUGUCCAAGCGCUAGAGAAGCAGCUGAGCGAUAACAGUCUAAAGCUGCUAGAGGCUAUCAGAGAACAGGCAGCAGCAACAGCAGCAGCAGCAGCAGCACCGCCGCCGACGGACAAUGAGGCCAGCCACUCACCCGAAACUGAUGCGAGCAAGCAGCUCGUGCGCUAUACACACAAUGUGGGCGAGCUGGAGGAGUCGGACCAGCCCAUUAACAUCAGCAUUAAUAUCAAAAUGCUGCUGAAUAAGGAAAGUGAGUUGAAGCGCCAGCCAACAGCAGACAGCACAGAAGAUUUAAGAAGGCGCUUAGAGCAGCUGGAGCACCAACUGCUGGAGGAACGUGCGCGCAAUGUCAGUGAGGUAACAGUAGAGUCUGAACCUGAGCCAGAACCAGAGCCUGCACUUGAGCCUGAACCUGGGCUUGCACCUGAGCCUGAACCUGAACCUGAGCCUGAACCUGAGCCUGCACCUGAACCUGAGGUUGAUAUAGAAAGCGAAGCUAAUCAAAAGCAAGAGAAAGAUAAUCAUAAUCAAAGCGUCAAGUCGGAUGAACUGGAACAGGUGGAAGAGCAGCCUCUGCCCAGCAAGCCCGAAACUGUGAAAGAAACCAAGACACUUGAGAAUGAAGAGCGUCAAAAGGAGCUUCCUGCAGAGGAGACUCAGCAGCAGCCAAAGGAAGCUGAGGUAGAAGUGGUGCAAGCCCCUGCAACUGACUGCUGUCCAGAAGAAGAAAUAUCAGCAGCAAGAACAACUGCCCAGACCUGCUCCAACCCAGAAGAACAAACUAUCAAUGCCAAUGAGCUACCAGCUGUGGAUGCUAAUAAUAAAACUGUGGUGCUACUAAUGGAUAACGAACCCAAAGCCUUGAAAGUUCGACGGCUUACCAGAGCCAAUACAGAGGAGCUCGAGGAUCUCUUUCAGGCACUUGAAAAGCAGCUCAAUGAUCGUCAACUGGUGAAGUCUAAGGAUGGCAAGCUUGUGCAUGUGGAUAAGCAACCCACAGCGGAGCAAGUGCAACAAGCUCAAGCCAUAAGCGAUUUGACCAAAGAAAUUACCGAUUUUACCAGUGCUCAAGUUGAAGAAAAAGUUCCAACUGAGGAAAAAGAGGCUGACUAUGACUGGGGCUCCAAUCCAGUGAAGCAUCAUUUGAAACGCAAAACAGUUUAUUUGCCCUCCACCAAAGAGCUGGAAGCGCGCUUUCGUUCGCUUGAGCGUCAAAUUAAGCUGCUGGAGGAUGUUGAGCAAAUUGAUGUGGAGCAGCGUUUAGUCGAAAUUGAACGUAAAAUUAAGCUGCAAUACUCACUGUCGCAUGAAAAAGAUCUCAACAAAUAUUUGGAGCUGUGCGAGGGCAAGGGCCUGGAUGACGAGCCGCCUGUGGAGGAGGCAGCAGUCACCACGCCAGCACGGUCACGCUCACAAAGCCCUGCGCUGAAACGUGCAAGCUCUCCAGCACCUGCACGCAAAGCAACCACCAAGUCGCCGCAUGUAUCUCCCGCACGCAAAAGCAAUGUAUCCUCCAAAUCUCCUUAUACUUCUCCGCAUACUUCGCCCGCACGCAAAGCCAACAAGCACACAGGUGAUUUGGAUGAAUUGGAGUACAAGUAUCGCGUGCUUGACUUGGUGCGUUCGAAAUCCAAGGAGCAGCUGGCGCAACGCAAAGCAGAUCCUAACAAAAAGCAGCCCAUACAUCCGCUAGAGAUGUUGCUGGAUCCCAGUCCAGACGACAGCCUUAUACCCACCACAGGUGAACUCGAACAUCGCAUACGCCUGCUGGACGAGAAGCUCAAGUCACCUGUGCGCCACAAGUCGCGCUCGCGCUCGCCGACCAUCGAUGACAUCAAACGGCAGAAGAUGCGCGAUGAGCAGCAACCCAAGACGCCAGUGCAUAAGCUGGAACGCUUGGUCUAUCCGGAGGACAAGCCAGAGCCGCCCACGGCCGCUGAACUGGAUGAGCGCAUACGUGCGCUGGAGCAGGAGAAAAAGUUUGACUUUAAGACACAGAAAGACUACAAAGAGUUCAAUCAAAAGCUGAAGCAUGUCAUAUCUCCCUCGCUGUCCUAUGAAGAGUUCAAGGCAGCCAAGUCCCGGGAGCAGAGUCCACGGCGAGCAGCCAAGUAUCAACGGCCCAUUAGUCCUAAAGUCCUGCGCUUUAGCGAUGAGCAGGAAGCGCAUGAGGAUUAUGAGCAGCUGGAUCACUAUGGCGAACUGCGGCGAGCCAAAGCGCGUCAGGGCCACUCCAGCGAACGCAUGACUCUUGCAGAUCAAACGCAUCGUAGCUACAGUCACAGCGCCAGCAGCUCCGAGAAACUUGACGAGCUAGGAAGUCGCCUAAUGCGGGAAACCUCACCCAUAACACGGACGGGCACACAUACGGGGGUUCCGCUGCGUACAGGAGACAAUAUCAACGAGCGGCUCAGCUCCAUUAAGAACAGCAUCAAAUCCAUCGACAGCCUCUGCGAGGAGAAGCCUUAUCAAAAGGAGAAAUGCCAACGCUAUAUUGACUCGUUGUUCUCCGACUCGCUGCACUUUAGCAGCAAGAAGAGUUCGGCUGAGGAUCUCACCCACAGUCGCAGCGAGAGCCGUGGACGUGGGCGUGUCAGCGACUAUACGCCUGCCAUACGGAUUGGCUCGGAGCAUCGCUCGUUGGGCUCGGCGGAGUCGUUGCGCACGGGCAGUCCUUUACGGGCGUCAAGUCCACCGCAUCAUCGCUCGCAUAGGGAUAUCAGCAGAGAGUUGUCGCCGCGUCGACGGCGGGAUGAGGAGCAGCUGGAGGAGCGCGAGAGCAGUAGGGUAAGACGUGAUAAUCUAUUGCCAAAUUAUUUAGCGGAUAAUCGUAGCGAACUAAGCAGCUGCAGUAGUUUAACUAAAUUUCACAAAGUAGAUAGACAACUAGAGGAGACCUGCGCCAAGUACGCAGCGGAUGACAGACGCUCGGCCUGCCGUACGCCCCUGAGCUCACCCUAUGAGGCCAGCACACGUUAUGCAGGUGCAGGCGGAGGCGCAGGUACAGCGCCAGCUGACAAUUAUCCUAGGCCCAAGUCACCCUAUCGCCAGCCCGUACCGUAUGAGCCGUACCGAGCCACGCGCUCCAAUACGCCCGUAUACCAGCCAGCCAAGCUGGAAAUACGUCAUACCACAGUCACUUCGACUUUCUAUGAUCGCUUUCUGACCGAAAAACAAAUUGGCAAGCAAUCACGUCCAUCGAGUCGUUCACCCGUUAUCUCACCCUCAGCCACAGCCAAAAGCUACAGCGAUCUGUCCCAUGCUUACGCGCUUGAGCUGACCACCGCCAGCGCCACUGCCACAACCACCACCAGCAGUAGCAGCACCAGCAGCUACUCGCCGCUUUCACGCAGCUUUGGCAAUUACUCAUAUCUCAGCACCAGCGAAGCGACCACCACUUCGGCCUUUGUGCCCUACAGCUACUCCCGUCUCACUCCAACCACUGACAACUGCACCACCACCAACAACAGCACCACCCCCACAGCCACAAAUACCGCCACCAGCAGCAGCAGUAGUUCACUUUCAUACGCCACUGGCGUUUACAAUCCCAUGAUGUCGUUUACCUUGCGCGAACCUACGCUGAGCAGCCAGCCCAUUAACCUCUUGGGUCAAUUUCAGUACAAGAGCGGUCUGAGCGCCAGCUACAGUUACGCCGAGACAAAUAAAACGGAUGCAGACAAACCAUAAAUCGCUUGCUCAGCUCAAAAUUGCAUAAUUAACGUGUUAAAAUAGAAAACCUGAAGCAAUAUUAAAAUAUAUACCGCAGUUGUUACAACUUUAAACACUAUAUAGCAUGUAUACAAAAAUUUGCAUAUAACUCUGCAUAUACCUAUAUAUGUAUAUGAGUAUAUCAAUCUAUCAAUCUUACAACUCUCUGCACCAGUACAUCUUUUGGCUUUUAGCAAUUACCUCAUGCCAGGCACCAAUUAACGUAACUGAAUAUCUACUAUACGAGUAUAUACAGAUUUUUUAUACAGCAUCUACAUACCAUAUUUACUAUAUACAUACAUACACGCGUAUU